AUGCUCUCUGCGUGUAUACAACGUGACCAUUCUCCCGCUUCUCUACUUGCUGUACUUCUACUAUGCGGAAUCCUUGCGACCCAUACAGAUGGCAGUGAUUACAGCGAGGUUCUCCCGGAUGCGUUUCCAUCUGCUCCCGCCGAACCGUUACCAGAGUUCCAGAGCGAGCCAGAGGACGCCUUCAUUGUGAAAAACAGACCUGUCAAACUCUCCUGCAAAGCUACUCCUGCUACGCAGAUAUACUUUAAAUGCAAUGGAGAAUGGGUGAACCAGAAUGACCACGUCACCAAGGAGAGUCUGGACCCGAUCACAGGUCUGGUCAUGAGAGAAGUAGAUAUCUCUGUUUCCCGGACACAGGUAGAGGAGUUGUUUGGGCUGGAGGAUUAUUGGUGCCAGUGUGUUGCCUGGAGCUCAGCAGGCACCACAAAGAGCCGGCGGGCAUAUGUCCGCAUUGCCUACCUAAGGAAGAAUUUUGAGCAGGAGCCACUUGGCAGGGAGGUGCGUCUGGAGCAGGAAGUGUUGCUUCAGUGUCGUCCACCAGAGGGCAUCCCACCUGCUGAGGUGGACUGGCUGAAGAAUGAAGAGCUCAUUGACCCUGCGCUGGAUUCUAACUUUCUAAUUACCAUCGACCAUGACCUAAUCAUCAAGCAAGCUAGACUCUCUGACACGGCUAACUACACCUGUGUGGCUCGCAAUGUGGUCGCUAAGCGACGGAGCAGCACUGCAACACUCAUCGUCUAUGUGAGUGGAGGCUGGUCAUCCUGGACAGAGUGGUCAGAGUGUAAUGCUCAGUGUGGGCGGGGCUGGCAGCGACGGACACGCAGUUGCACCAACCCAGCACCACUCAAUGGAGGAGCCUUCUGUGAGGGCCCACCAUUCCAGAGAGUCACCUGCACCACACUCUGUCCAGUGGACGGAGGUUGGACAGAGUGGGCCAAGUGGUCAGCUUGUGGGACAGAGUGUACACACUGGCGCAGCCGUGAGUGUCAGGCGCCCCCGCCACGUAACGGAGGACGCCACUGCAGCGGUAGCAUGAUGGAGAGCAAGAACUGCACAGAGGGACUGUGUGACCGCAAUAAAAAGGUUACUAUUGGACAUACAAGCCAUCCUCUUGGCUCUGGUGCUGGUGUAGCGGUGUACGCAGGACUGGUGGGGGCUCUGCUACUCUGUGUGAUUCUUGUGCUGUGUGUGGGCAUCCUGGUCUAUCGCCGGAGCUGUCGUGAUCUCCACGGUGAAAUCACAGAUUCCUCGUCAGCCCUCACAGCUGCCUUCCACUCUGCAAAUUACAAACCACCACGACAGGAUAACCCACACCUACUGCAUCCGUCAGCCCCCCCUGACCUCACAGCCAGUGCCGGAACCUUCCAUGGGCCUCUUUUCUCACUGCAGCAGGCCACCCUGGACUCUCAGCAUAAGAUUCCCAUGACCACGUCUCCUUUGGUGGACCAACUGCCUAGUCUGAAGAUAAAGGUGUACAAUUCCUAUACCAUGUCCUCCCUUGAGCUGCCGACCGGCCUAGGCUCAAUUGAUGGAGAAAUCAUGAGUCUAAAGACAGUGGGCUCUGGACCUAAAGACCACCAUGGGCACACCCUGCCAAGAGAGCCUAGUCACAGUGCCAGCGCCACACUGGGAUCCCUGGGUGGCCGUCUUACCAUCCCUAAUACAGGGGUGAGUCUGUUGGUUCCACCAGGGACGAUUCCUCAGGGAAAGUUCUACGAAAUGUAUCUCAUCAUCAACAAAUGGGAGAAAACAACGUUGCCAUCAGAUGGUAGUGAGACGGUGCUGAGUCCAGUUGUAAGCUGUGGACCCUCGGGCAUGCUGCUGAGCAGACCUGUGGUCCUCACUCUACCCCACUGCGCCCAGCUCGAGCCCCCAGACUGGACCCUCACCCUCAAAAUGCAGAACCAUCAGGGCGCCUGGGAGGAGGUGCUAACUGUUGGAGAGGAGAGUCUGUCGUCACCCUGCUACCUACAGGUGGAGGAGCAGAGCUGUCAUAUUCUGAUGGAGCAGCUGGGGACGUAUGGUCUGGUGGGGCAGUCGGCUCCCCCUCGGCCAGCCUGUAAGAGGCUGCAGUUGGCCCUGUUUGCUCCUCGGGCCCCAUGCCUCUCCCUGGACUACAGCCUGAGGGUCUACUGCAUACAGGACACCCCACAUGCCCUUAAGGAAGUGUUAGAGGUAGAGCGAAGUCUGGGUGGAGUUUUACUAGAGGAUCCCAAACCCCUCCCCUUUAAGGACAGUUACCACAACCUGCGGCUGUCAAUUCAUGACAUUCCUCAUUCACAUUGGAGGAGUAAACUUCUGGCUAAGUAUCAGGAGAUCCCAUUCUAUCAUAUUUGGAGCGGGAGUCAGCGACCGCUACAUUGCACCUUUAGUCUGGAGCGAGGAAGCUUGGUGGUUUCUCAGCUCACCUGCAAGAUCUGUGUCAGACAGGUGGAGGGGGAGGGACAGAUAUUCCAGCUCAACACUGACAUCCAAGAGACUUUGCCACCACAUUCCCCACUGCCAGCGGGUGGAUCCUGUCUGCCUUCAUCUCAAGUAGGCCCAUAUGCUUUCCAACUGCCCAUCUCCAUACGGCAGAAAAUUUGUGCCAGUCUGGAUGCCCCCAGCGCACGUGGCUGUGACUGGAGGAUGCUGGCUCGCAGCCUGGGCUUUGACAGGUAUCUGAACUACUUUGCAACAAAACCAAGCCCCACAGGUGUGCUACUAGACCUGUGGGAAGCUUGUCACCAGGGUGACGCAGACCUGGUCUCCCUGGCGACAGCUCUUGAAGAGAUGGGCAAGAGUGAGGUCUUGGUUGUCAUGACAACGGACAGAGAUUGCUGACUGGCAAAUCAAAAAGUGUGAAAUGGGGAUAUAUUUGCCACUUUAAACCUAGAAUUAAUGCAAGUUGAUGGAAAGAAGGAAACAGAUGCGUCAGAUGCACAAACCAAGUUCCAGACCAUCAGUACAGCUUGCUUCUUACCUCUGUGAUCAUGCAGAAUCACCAAGGAUUGCAAAAUGGAGCUGGGGCCCAGCAAUCUCAUCUUGGAGUAAUACAUACCUAUAUGUAGCAAACGAAACUAUGCUGUAAUCAGACAAAAGAGAUGUCAUUUGAAUUUAAAAAUUGUGAAUGAAUUGUCAAGAAUGGUCCGUCUUCAUCGGUGCAUUUGCUGGUACGAUUAAAAAACACCAUGUGAGCAGCUCUUUAUUAGAAGAUAAUUUCAUCAUACACACUGAUUCGCUCUUACACAUGCAGAUACAAAUAGCUAGUGUGAAAGUACAUGAUCAAACACCAUUGCACAUCGAGCCACUGGCUUUGUUUCCUAGCAACCACUAGAUGCUUAGAGACACUGAGAUUCAGUGUCCGGUAAAACAGCAGUGCGCCAAGCACCUCAGGAAAUGCACACAAAAAGAAAAUAGACAGAAGUAUAGAUGUAAACAGAUCAAUAAUGGCUAUCCAACAAGGAGCUAUGAUAAUCUGCACUAAAAUCAACAGUUAUUUUCAUAACGACUUGUUGGUUCUCGUGGACUUUUGUUUGAAGCAUUAUUUUUUGUGUGUGUCUCUUUUUGAAAUAGCUUAUAGGAAUGAAUGAAUUAGAAGAGGACCACUCAUUCUGCUAGAUUUUCUUCUUUCUCUGAUCAUACCUCCAUUUGCCACCUAUAUCUCUGUGGCUUUUCUUUAAAAAAAUCUUCUGUUCAAUCCAUCAUUUGCAAUGCAGGAGAGCUUUCUGGUAAACUCAUAUUAGUUUUGUAUAGGGAACAGACUUUUUAAGUUAUUAUCCCUAUUUGUGGAUCUUUGUUUUUCACUCUUCUAUUCGUAACUGCUGUUCUGGUCAUAAUCUUUGGUCUCAUUUAUUUUUAAUUUGCUGGACAGUUGCAUUGUCUCUGACUGAACAUAGGCUGGAGUGCAGAGAGCAGUAUAAAUUCUCAUUGGCGCUCCCCCAACCAGUGGAACCCUAUUUCGCCUAUGCCUAAAAAAACAGCCUUGCUGCACAGCAUAAAAUGCUUAAGAAAACCAUGCAUCACUCCGUGUUAUAUGAAGUUGUGAAGCUGUAAUACAUUCUGGUGUCCUCUCAUUGGAUAACACUUCAGACACUUGGAGAGCUAGAAAAACAAUGACAGUUAAAGGCCUCACAGCCUGGAAAAUGCAGAUUCACUGGCUAUUUACCAGAAUGUCAGUUAGCUCAGAAUUAAUAUGAAUAGAGGUUAUUUUAGAAGGUAAAAGACACUGUAAUCUUUAUCGAUGCGGGAAGGCAGAGUCUGGAAAAAGUAGAGAAAACAUGACUGAUUUACACAGGAUUCAAAUUACGGAGAAGCUCUGGUAUUUAUUACACUACCCCACGUCCCCAUAUAAAAACCAGUCCUGUCCAAAUAGUGCUUAAAUCAUCAUUUACUUUGACUGUAUCUUUGUUUCCAUGCUAUGAAAGUAAAUGGUGACUGAGGCUGUCAUUUCACCUAACAUCUUCUUUUGUGAUCCAUGGAAAAAAGAAAGUCAUAUGUGUUUGGAACAGUAUGAGGGAGAAUAUACAAUGACAGAAUUUUCAUUUUUGGGUGAACUAUCCCUUUAAAUGUUUUGAUCAUCAUUGGUUAAAUGCACUGCAAAUAUGAUGCACGGUUUAAAUGAAAUUGCACAAGUGGCAGAAAGCCCUCUUCUGGGUUUGAUGCCAGUCAGUUGUGCUGUGUAUGUUAUAAAUAGCUGCCUUGAGAUCCAGCGUAAGUGCUCUGAUGAUUGCAGUUUGACCAACUUGCUCUUCAUGGUCAGUUUCGACAUUUGGGUUUUAAUGGGUUCCCCUUGAGUAAGACUCCAAGCCAUGUCCUGGACUGUUUAUUAUCAAAAGUCAUGUAAUCAUUUGAAGUGGGCGGGAAAAAAGUGUGUUUUAUCCAUUUCUUUGUUUUCUUGACCUUUUCUUCAGAUGUGUUCAAAUUAUCUGGCAACAAACGAAAGGUAAUGUGCUGUAUCUGGCAAUGCCUGUGAAGAUGUGAAUUAAAUAAACAAGGUGUGUGUUUGUGUGUGAGUGAGAGAAUAGAAUGUGAGAGAUGUGUUUGCGCCAACCUCUGAGUGAAUGAACAGGCUUCAUAAUCUGUUGUUUCUCCUUUCCCAUUAUAAGUACUAUGCAAGUGCACAACAAAAGAGAAUCUAUGGCCGUCUUGAUGUCUUGUGUAUGAAGUACAUGGAAUGGGAAUCUUAUAUCUUUUCCACUGCUGUAACAAAGCUGGGAGGAAACUUGACCUCUUAAGGCCUCUCAGCAGUAAUAAAUGCAAACAAAACGACUGUAAUUGGGGGUCAGGGAUCCAUGACCUCCCAAUCGUUCCUCUUCACCUGUUUAGUAAGCUUUUGGGCUGUCACAACAAGCAGUUUGUUGGGAGGAUUUUUUUUUUAACUUCUACAUGCGAAAGGCUGCAAGAACAUUGAAAACCCCUGAUGGCUUUACAUCUCUGAACCUUUAUAUGACUCUGAAAUGUCUCCAGCCGUCUCUUGGCCAGUGUUACAUGAAAACGCCUUUAAGCAUUUGUAAAGCUGUUUUGGGUCUGCUUAUCUCUGGACGAUAAUCGCUGGUCAAAGAUGCUCACAUGUGGCCGAACUUAAUGCUUAAUGCUUUUUUUUUUUAUUUUUAUUUUUUAUUUAUUUAUUUUUUUUUUUAGAUGUCAUUUUCUAUGAAAGAGGGUACACAGGAAGUCAGGAGUUUUUUUUUUAUUUAUUUUUUUUUUAUUAUUAUUAUCAUUAUUAUUUAAUACUGUAAAGUACUACUGUACAUAAAUGUUUAGACUUCUUACAGUAACUAAAUAUAAUUUUUAUGCAAUAAAUUAUAUUUCCUAG